UUCGGAGUUUCAACUUUGCGUUGAACCAACGUGUCGGCAAGCUUUGCGACCUAUCUCUCAUCCCCUAGUAAAAGUCUCUUUCAAGUGCGGGUGCUAUUAGCCCUCUACAACGAUGAGAAUCGGUUGUCUUCAGUUUGCCCCUCAGGUCGGGGACGUCGAGAACAAUCUGAACCGGGCAGAUGCCGUUCUUGCCAAGGCGAAUCCCAAGGACUUAGAUCUUUUGGUCUUGCCGGAGAUGGCAUUCUCUGGGUACAACUUCAAGUCACUGCAGCAUAUUACACCAUACCUUGAACCGACCACUUCUGGGACCACUUCAAUCUGGGCUAAAGCUACUGCUUCGAAGUAUGACUGCGUAGUUGCUGUUGGAUAUCCUGAGAAGGUCGAUUCGAAACCACCAGAGUACUACAACGCAGCUAUAAUAGCCAACUCCAAUGGAGAAACUGUCGCUAAUUACAGAAAAUCUUUCUUAUAUUACACUGACGAGACGUGGGCCCUGGAAGGUCCUGGUUUCUUUAACGGUGAGAUAGAAGGACUGGGGAACACAGCAAUGGGGAUUUGCAUGGAUUUGAAUCCAUAUAAAUUCCAAACACCCUGGAAUACCUGUGAAUUUGCCAAUCACGUUCUUAAUAAGAAGGCUAACCUUGUGGUUAUGUCUAUGGCCUGGCUUACACAUGAGGACGCCCAAUCUUUCCACCGAAUUCCGGAUGAGCCGGAUAUGGAAACUUUGACAUAUUGGCUAGCAAGGCUCGAACCUAUCAUCCGAAAGAAUACCGAAGGCGAAGUUAUUGUUGUUCUUGCCAAUCGAACCGGAGUCGAAGAGGAGACUGUCUACGCAGGCACUAGUUGUGUUUUGGGUAUUCACCAGGGGGAGGUGACAGUGUAUGGCGUACUAGGACGAGGCGAGAAAGAACUCCUAGUUGUCGACACCGAUGAGCCUUCACAAACCAACCUCGUCUUCCGACUAAAGUCUGCUGAUCCGAAUACUUCGUCCCAGGGCCAAGAGAACAGCUAGAACUCUUGAUGAAACUUUUGAAUCAGGUGUCCCUGAACAUAGUUCGAGGGCUCUACUUCUACCUAGGUAGCUUCUCUCACCUUCCAGAUGUCAAUUGCUAAAACGCGCGGAUGACAAGUCGUACACGACGACUUUACGAAGAAGACCUGGUUCUGGCACCAGUGGUCUAGCGAAAGAGACACAAACGACCUAGAGAGUUAAUGGAUUCCACCUUCUGUCGGUGUUGUGAAUCACGUGAUGCUAAUCAUAUCGCCAUCAACCCCCCGGUCAACACUUUCGAGCUUGUCGUCAGUGCGAUGUGCAACAAAACGCCCUAAUAUCAUGUGAUGCUAAUCCUACUGCUGUUGAAACCGGCCCUCAGCAAUAUCAGGCUUACCAUGAAUGCGAUAUGCAACAAAACUUCUGUAGCACGGGUACAGUAUCACGUGAUUUGAACAGAGAAGAGGACUUUCACAGUUUAAAGGGCAUCUGCAUGAUAGGU